AUGGCUGACUAUCUCGCAUCGAUAUUCGGAACUGAAAAAGAUAAAGUUAACUGUUCGUUUUUCUUUAAAAUUGGUGCCUGUCGACAUGGUGAACAUUGUUCAAAAUUGCACAACAAACCGACAUUCAGUCAAACCAUCUUAUUGAAGAAUUUGUACUUAAGUUUGGAAAAUAGUUCACAAAAAGCCGAUAAAUCAUUUAUUGCCGAUGAUAUUACUGAAGAACGUAUUCAAGAGCAUUUCGAUGAUACGUUCGAAGAAUUGUUUGUUGAAUUAGAACGAAAAUACGGCGAAAUCGAAGAGAUGAACAUUUGCGAUAAUCUUUCGGAACAUUUAGCUGGUAAUUGUUAUGUAAAAUUCCAUCUUGAAGAAGACGCUGAAAAAGCUGUUGUUGAUCUUAACAAUCGUUGGUUCGAUGGUCGUGCUCUUGUUGUCGACAAUAUCAAAUGGGAUAGGAAACUUAAUUCCAUGGCCUUGUUAUUUCAGUUGAGUUCACAAUAUUCGUCCUCUAAACGGGAUUGUCCUCGUGGUGGCUUCUGUAAUUUUAUGCAUCUGAAACCAAUUUCGAAAGACCUGCGAAAACGUCUGUAUCAACGGCGUCAGAAGAAGACACAUGGUGGUUCGCGGUCACAAUCUCGCGAUCGUUCACGAUCUCGCGAACGAGAUCGUCGACGUUAA